GCCUACGGCAACCCACCAUCUUGCAGAAGGGUGCUGUUUUGACAACCAUGAGGAAACGCAGCAGUCCAUCGAUGAUUGGAUGACCGCGGAAUGCAUCCCCUUCAAUAUGAUGAGAAGUGUGUAUUGGGAUCGUAUGGUGCAAAAGUUGAUGAAUGCGCCGACGGGCUUCAGAUAUGCCAAGUACGAUAAGGCGAGGACAACACGUGUGGAGAAAACCAAAACGAGAAUCAGGGCAAGGGUGGAGGAGUUGAGGAAAGAGUGGGUGACCACCGGAUACAUGCUGCAGCUCGACGGAUGGACUGACCGUCGAGCGAGACCACAUAUCAAUGUCAUGGUCUCUCUGUGCAGCUGCAGGGAGAAUGGUGGACUGGAGUUCGGCCACAUUUUCUCGGUGCCGUGCACUGCGCAUAGCAUUGACUUAGUGCUGGAGCAGUUUGCGAAGAUUGGGUGGGUCGACAAUGUUUUGAAGAAGGCGACGGAGGUGGCAAAGUUCUUCACGAACCACGGCAAAGUUCGGGACCUGCUCACAAUUUAUUCCAAAGGAAUAGUUGUGGCAAAACCGGGGGCAACCCAGUUUGCGACCAACUUCAUUAUGCUCGAUAGUGUGCAGGAGCUGUACUUGUCACUUCGCGCAUGUAUCACUGACCCUGAUUGGAAGCCGAACAUUGUGAACCAAUCACAGCGACACCUUUUUGAGAACGCCACUGACCUUGUUCUUGACGAUAAGUUCUGGGCAGGAGUUGAGAAGGUCCAGUCGACGUCGAAGGAGCUGCUACUGCUUCUGAAGUUUGUGGAUGGCGAGGGUCCGACAAUCAGCAAGGUGUACGCGCCCAUGGACAGCGACGUGGAAAAGUUGCGGGCGAAGGAGUGCUUUUCCCAACAGGAAAAAGAUGAGCUAGAAGAAAUCAUAAUGCGACGGUGGAACACCAUGACAUCGCCUCUUCACUGUGCAACGAUGUUCUUGGACCCAGAGUAUCGCAGGUCCAAGCUGGAGAAAGAUGCAGAGGUGAUGGACGGGUUUUGGACUUGGGUGUACUUGUGGUGCAAGCCGGACAUGUAUCGGGACAUGGAUGAGGAGGUGGACCGGUGGAUUGAUGGUUUGGGAAGGUUUAAUUCAGAAGAGGCAAGAGCAGCGGCACGAGGGGAGAAGCCAGCAAGGCGGUGGCGGAAAUGGUGCAGUGAGAUCCCGAACUUGCAGAGGCAAGCGAUUCGGUUGCUCGGGCAAGGUUCCUCCAGCUCUGCUUGUGAGAGGAAUUGGAGCCUGUUUGAGCGUAUACACUCGCGGCCAAGGAACAAACUGUCUCCUGCGCAGUUGAACAAGUUGGUGUUUAACAGAUGGAACCAGCAUCUGUCGGACAAGAUCACAGGAAAGAAGCCGGACCGUGGAAAUAUUGCAUGGGAGGAUAGCGAGGCCGAACUGACUCCAACCGAAUUGUCCAAGGAAGCAGAGCAGCGUGUGAAGGAGUGGCGGGAACGACUGCGGCGUUUGAGGGAAAGGGAGGUGGAGAGCUCCAGUGAUGAUGAGGAUGAUGACGAUGAGGAGAAGGAAAAUGGUCAGGGUGGUGGCAGGGCAGCAGAAGGACACAUCUCACGUCUAAGACAUCAAAGUGAGCUCCUUGAAAUGGAGAGGGAACUGAAUGAGACAUGGAGGAAGGCCACGCGGCCUUCCAAGUGGAUGGCACGUUCUUACUUGGGGGAGGUGCAAAGGGCAGCAAAGACCAUGACAGUGGAGCACGCUGAUAAAUACAUUUCUGCUCGCCAAGGCGUGCGCUCCUGCCCCCCAAACAGCGAAGCGUGGCAGAGGGAGACCACGAAAGGCCCCACAGGUAGGGGAGGAGGAUGCACUGACACGAGGUUCCGGUUGCGAUGAAGCUGAUGGGGGGGAAGACGAGCCAAGGUUGGAAGCAGAGGCAGCAGCCCAUGAGCCAGUGAAACGAACCCGU